UUUGAUCAAGACACAAAAAUCUUGGAGUGUUUCGAUGUCGAUAAACAGAAUAUAAAAAAUAUCUUAUAGAUUCUCUCUAGAUAAUUAAGCAAUUAGGAGAACCAUAUUUUUCUUGAGCAUAUAUACAUCUGCCUUAAAAACCAAUCUUGCAGUAACUUCUUAAGAAUCUCAAAACUUACUUUUUUUUUUCUUGUGACUCAAGCAAAUUUAAACCUCUGUUCUCUUCUUUUGAUGCUUGGCUUUAAAGAUGAUAUCACGAGCCCACUCAGUGCUCAAAUCUUCGAUUUCUGCGAUCCACAACUCUUUCAAGAAACUUUCAAUCAAACCUCUGAAGUCACAUCUUCUUCAAACGUUCUUGAGAAAUCCGGAAGCUUCCAAUCCAACACUAACACAACCACAACAACUGAGAACAGUAACAACAACAAGAGCAUAAGACUUCAAGACGAUGAAGAUGACAACAACAACAACACGGAUCUGUCCAUAAUCUUUGACUCACAAGAAGAUUUCGAAAACGACAUAACGGCUUCAAUCGAUUUCUCAUCUUCUUCACUGCAGUAUCCAGUCAUCGAUCAACUCCUCACGGCAACGAGCCAAGACCAGUUUGAUUUCUCAUCAGGACUCCAAGUUAUUCACCAACCUCCUCCUAAUAACAUUUCUUUCUCUGAGGACCCUCUGUCUCUACCGGCGGUUUCCUCUCUAGCUCCUCCUCCUUUACAAUCAGGGGGUUUCGAAGAAGACUGUCUUUCUUCUGUCCCAAGUUACAAUCUUGGCUUGAACACUUCUUACUCUUUCUUCCGUAACUCCGGUUUACCGGCUUAUAUGAGCACCGGUUUAUUCUCAGCUGAAAAUAAUCUCGGUUUUCUUCCCGGUAAUAUUCAAGUGGGAUCAGAAAUCAAUAAGCCACAUGAUCAAUUCAUGGACUUCCAAGCUGAUAAUGGUGGCUUAUUCUGUCCUGAUUCCAUCAAACGUAUCUUUAAUCCAGAAGAUCUCCAGGCACUUGGUGUUGGUGGCGUUGAGAACCAGAGCCACUUGAUGACACCCCAAGCUAAUCCAGCAAUAGGACCGGUUGAGAUCAACGGUUUAGAAGAUCCAACGUUGAGUAAAGUUGGAAAACUCUCCCCUGAGCAAAGGAAAGAGAAGAUUCGUAGGUACAUGAAGAAGAGGAACGAGAGGAACUUUAACAAGAAAAUUAAGUAUGCGUGUAGGAAAACAUUGGCAGAUAGUAGACCAAGAGUUAGAGGAAGAUUUGCAAAGAAUGAUGACUUUGGUGAACCAAACAGACAAGCUUCUUCAAGCCAUCAUGAUGAUGAAGAUGAAGACGAUAUUAUGGGGGUAGUGAAGGAUGAGGAACAAUUGGUAGAUUCGUCAGACAUUUUUGCACACAUUAGUGGAGCCAAUUCCUUCAAGUGCAACUACCCAAUUCAAUCUUGGAUUUGAGUUCCCAAGUACCACACCACAAUAACACAUGAAUCUUAAUUAUAGUCUUAUAUAGUUAUCUAAAUUUUAUUUUCUAUAGAGUUAUAACUUGUCUAAUAAUAAAUAAAAAUCUAAGCAAAAUAAAUAAAAUAACAAAUAAAGAUAAUGAAUAAAUGGGUUAAGGAAGGUUCGGAUAAAUAAAACAGUAGUAGUGAGUGAGUAAGGUUUAAUUAUGUAACGUAGAAAUUCCAAAAUUUUGUAGAUACAGUAUGUUACAUUCCCAUAUAAUAUUGAUAUGUGAUAUCUUGUAUUUGAUAUAUACUGUAGUUGGGUUGUAUUUUAUCACCUGUGAACACUUUACAUUAAAAUCAG